ACAGAAUAUCAAUUCAAGUCCUGUUUUGAUUAACAGACUGACCCCACUAAAAAGCUACCAAGAAACUUGUACCGAUAUUUCUUGAUUUGAUGAGAUUCAGGCAAUAUAAUGAUAAUCUGGAGUUUGAUCUUUGUUCUGUGGAACGCACGAGGUUCAAGCUGUUGUAUCUUCCCCGUUAAGGGGACUUGGGACACCAGCGACCAUGGAUUAGUUACAUUUUCAGAUACUGUAGUCAAUGGAUUUCGUAGCAUUUUUUUCGGAACAUCAGAUUAUACAUGUGUUACCAACAUUGAUGAGAGAUACAUGGCUAGAUCUUCAAAAUUUAUUCUACAUGGUGUUGAAUUUGAAGUAUAUCUUUGUUUACGUUUGAUCUACGUAACAGCGAACAAAUAUAAAUAUCAUUUGGCAACUGAUGAGAAUCAGAAUGCUGGCAACGAAAGAUUGAAAUCAGCCGCUUCUAAUGCUCCUCUAACGUUUUCCGAUGUCUGUGAUAGAACUUUAUUUGAAACUGGUUCAUACAGCAUGAUGCUAAGAUCAGGGACCGUCCUUUCUGAAAUGGUAGAAUGUCCGACAGAUAUCAUAGCAAAGUGGAACUACGUAGUGACUGACUCCAAUGGAAACAGUUACUGCACUGUGAAUUCCUCCUUAGACAUCUGUCAGAAUACCACUCUCAUCUUUAACACUUCUCAAUGCUCUGGAAACAUACUGCAUUCAGUUGAUGGUUCCUUCCAUUGCAUAUAUACUACCCAGGUUACGACUUCUUCCUAUUACAUAACAACGUACAACGCUGACACCGUCACUCCCAACGAAAACACAACGUUCCGUUUCUCCUGUCUGCUAGUUGAAGCAAACACCAAAGACAAUAUUUCUUUGUAUCAAUAUCCUCAACAUUGCCAUCCAUUUCAAAAUGCCAAAAACCUAUCACCAGAGAUUUUAUUAUCGCUCUCUUAUCAAAGAUCAUGUGCUACAGAUAUAAUUAUAUUAAACACAACAAUUACGCCCACUUUGACGACGCAGAAACCAACGACUUCCGACGCAAACCAAGCCUAUAUAGCUGUGGCCAUUGUUAUACCAAUCCUUAUUGUCAUCAUCAUCGCAGUAAUAGUUGGGUAUUUGUUGUGGACAAUGUACCAAAGAAAACUGAAAGCUAAGCCUUUACCAGAUCCCAAGUUUCUUCAUGGUGAAAUAAGAAAUCGCAGACUUAAUGUCCAGUUUGAGGGUAUGUCGCCGACAUACACAGACAGAGCGAAUGUGUUGACAAGAAUAUCAGAAGACAGCCUCAGUUCUGCUAUGAUACAAUCAGAUUUAUUGGAAUCUUCAAGUGCAGGACCUUCAAGUCUAUCGUCUUUAUUGGUCAGUGUACCAACUCCCCACACUAAGGAUGACGUGUAUGUAAUCAAGGAGUGUGUCAAUGAUUCGCCACAUAAUAAUGACCUGGCACCUUCAAUGUCCACGCCGGAAAAUGAUGAUACCAGUAUGGAUAUAAGUUUUCAUUCUAUUGGCGUCGAUACGAGAGAUUUGAAGAGUUCUCAAAACAAAAGAGAAACGCGGAGAACUUACCGGCGUCGUUUCCGGUUAGGGCGUUCCCGAAGUUCUGUCGGAGAUAGCUUACUCUCCUUCCGCAAAGACAAAUCAACAUCGAAAUCGGUUGUGACAUUUGGAACAAAGAAUGUAGUUCUUGGAAUACAACCCCCGCCGAUGAAAAAGAAAAGAAACAAAAAUAGUACUAUUGAUCGACCAGCACAGCCGAUGGAUGUGUUAGGAAAAAACGAAGUUAAAGACAAAAUGAAGAAAACAAGAAAACACAAAUCCAGUAAAGAACGGCAAAUUCUACAGACACCUGACACAGCUAAAUCCACAGUGUUUGAAGAAGAUAAGACAAUAACAGAGGAGGAACGUAACCCAAUCAUAUUUUUUACGCAAUAUCAAGAGGAGGGAUAGAAAUUGCAAUAUUUUGUCGAACUUGUCCACUCCUGUACAUGUAGCCAGAGAACUAGUUGACUCCAAAUGCUACCAAGCACUAAUCAUCGACAAGUGGCGCCAUCCACACCGCCAAUCAUAGCAAAUCAAGCCGUACGGCGAACUCAAGUACAUAUGGGUUCCCGAAAAAAAAGUCAAUAUUUUACAAUGGCUAUCACAUAUGUAGUAUUUUAUUAGAACCAGUUCUAAUGUAUGCCGUAUUCAAGACAUGCAAUACAGAUAUGAGCGUGCAUAUUUGAAGUUCUGAUAGUUUUUUUCCCCAUUUAUUCUUCAAAAAAUUAAGUUAUUUUUUUUAGAAUUUAUUAAUGAAAAUUCGUUUUUAUACUGAUUGUAGAGAUAAAUAAUGAACUGUUUGUUAAUAUAAUGAAAACUGUCAUACUGGCAAUUACGUUUAAAAAAAAUGACGAUUAUUUCUAAUGAAUGAAUAACAGCAAACAAAGCUUAUGAGCACAUGAAUUAUAUAAAAAAAAUGACGAUUAUUUCUAAUGAAUGAAUAACAGCAAACAAAGCUUAUGAGCACAUGAAUUAUAUAACAAAGUGCAUGUGAUAAUAUGAGGCUCAUACCUAUAUAUGAGUAAAAAUAAUACGGAAGCGGAUCGGGUCCUACACUAGUUGUGUAAUGACUUAUACAUUGUCAUAUUUUUUACCUUCUUAAAGUUAUCAACAUAUAAACUAUUGUGUUGUUUUAUUUAUGCAAAUAUUUCGCAUUGUUUUGAUGUUAGUUAUCUUGCCAGAUUUCUUGCUAUCUGCUAUAUCGACUUAACAAAAUAUGGAGUUAAAAUAAUAAUGUACGAAUGAGUUUUGGUCACACGCAGACUGACACUGGCAGAUUUCGUUAAUUAAACCAUCCAUGAAUUUAAAUUAGCAGCGAAUUAUAAGUAACAGUGUUAAAACAGUAUCAAUCUAUUUAUCAUAUAACACGAUCUUAAGGGAAUUUUAUUGGAUAAUAACCCACUGUCUCAACUAAUAUAUUAUCAAUGCUAUUAUGUAUGAACUAAUUUCAUGAACGUUGUAUUUUCUCAUUAUCGUGAGUUGAUGCGAGUCUUUUCUUUAUUCGCGUGGUGGAACGAAUCGCAUCAAAUCAUGAUAAUGAGAAAAUGCAUCGCUCAUGCGAUCAGUUCAUGCAUAAUAUUAUUUAAAAGCAAAUAAAAUUAUUUUAUAUUUUUUGGAAAUUUGGCAAAUGUAAAAAUUAUAUCUUUCUUUUUUUUCUUUUUACUUUUUGAUUAUGACAACAAUAUUAUGAAAUAUGAAAGAAAACCAUAUACGAAUUCAUCAUACAGAAGGUUUCACGCAUUAUAAGCCUUUACUUAUCACAGCUUACAUGUCGUUACACUCAUCCGGAAAUUACACAUGUAAACAAACUGAGUUAUUCGAGUGCCACAUGAUUGCUGUCUAAAAAUAGUCGAUUUUGAUCAAAAUUAUUUUUCCGAUUUUAAUGUUUUCAAUGCUUCAAUAAAGCAUUUUUAAUAGCCAACCAAACUUUGAGUGUCAUUCGUUGAGUUAUAAGCAAGUUACAGAGCUUACAACUCUUUGCUAUGUAAACAAAGCUUUUGUUUACAUUUUGAACGAUAAAGUAAAAACUUCCGUUUUAGACCAAAAAAUGAGUGUGGUAAACGUUAGGAUUUGUUUAUUAAUGCUUAAAAUGAAUAAAAAGAUGGAAAAUUAGCUUAAAAAAGAAUUUUACCUGUUAAUUGAACUAAUGUAAACAAAAACAAGGCACGAACCUUGUUUACACUACAAAUAAUUGUGAGCCCUCUAUAUUGCUUAUAAAUUUUCUACUGACUCUCAAAUGUCAUUUAAUAAUUGGAAAUGCAUUCUCAAAGCAUAAAUAAAAAAUCCCAGAAAAACAGAAUUUGACCAAAAUCAUGACCAUGCCCCUUUAAAGAGGUUUGCGCACUUGAAAAACGAUUUCGACUAAAAU